AUGGACCACCAUAGGCAAGAUAACAAUAUGGAUUUACUACAGGAAGAGGGAAAGGCCGUGUCGGAUGUGCAAGAAGCGACAGUCCUUCAUUGUCCAGACGAGAAAGCGCUGAUGCGGAGGGUUGACUGGCAUCUUCUUCCUCUGAUGUUCACGGCUUACAUGCUUCAAUACCUGGAUAAGGCUGCGCUGGGAAAUACAGCAAUCUUUGGAAUCAUGCAGUCACUGCAUAUGAGCAGUGGACAAUAUUCAUGGGCCUCCAGCGCUUUCUACUUUGGGUUCUUGGUGGCAUCCUAUCCGAUCUCCCUUUGCUUCGUCAAAUUCCCAAUUGGCAAAUUUUUGUCCAUUUCCUUCCUGAUAUGGGCUGUUGUCGUGGCGUGCCUUGGCACAGUAUCCAAUUUUGCCGGUCUCGCGGCCCUUCGUGUCCUCCUUGGGGUUUUUGAGAGUACAAUCAGUCCAGGCUUGUCACUAGUCACUAGUUUGUGGUACAAACGAUCCGAGCAUGCAUCAAGACAUGGCAUCUGGUUCGCAGGAAAUAGCAUUUCGUCUAUUUUCGGCGGAUUGUUGACUUAUGGGAUCGGUCACAUCAACAAUUCAGUUGAGCCAUGGCGAUGGAUCUUCAUCAUAUUUGGCAUUGUCACCUUCGCCUAUGGAAUUGUCUUCUUGAUUUGCUUGCCAGAUGGCCCUCGCAAUGCCCGAUUCAUUUCCAAAGAGGAGGGAGAAUUCAUCCACCAACGCGCUCAGCAGGAGACGCACACCGAGUAUUCAAAGAGGUGGUCGAGAAGUCAAUGUAUUGAAGCGCUCAUUGACCCCAAGACUUGGCUUCUCUUCGUGUAUGCCAUGGGAUCCUGCAUCCCCAAUGGAGGUCUUACAAGUUUCGGAGGCAUCGUUAUUGCCGGGUUCGGAUACUCCAACUUCAACACUAUCCUCGUCUCAUUACCCAUUUCGGUGUUUACUUUCAUUUGGGUUGUUCUGGCCACGAUCAUUACAUCCAAAGUCCGCAAAUCGCGUUGUAUUACCGCUGCUUGUCUAUCGCUCAUAAGUCUAGCGGGCUGUCUUAUGGUAUCUCGAAUCGAUCCCAGCAAAAAGGUGGCUCGAUUAGCCGGUAUGUGGCUAUUUCCUGCAUAUUCCGCUGGAGUUCCUAUUAUACUGAGUAUUAUUGCCUCGAACGUGGGAGGAUAUACCAAAAGAACGACAGUGAGUGCCGUGAUGUUUAUUGGAAAUUGCGCUGGAAAUAUCACUGGGCCUUUCCUCUUUUUUUCCGAUGAAAUGCCCAAUUACGAGAGCGCCUGGAUUGGGAUUAUGAUCUCGCUUGCCAUUGCCUUUGUCGCAAUACUUCUUUUACGUCAAAUACUUCACUUUCAAAACCAGCGCCGCAACAGCCAGCAGAAUGUAAUCAUCGACCCUGAAUCUGGCGAGUCUGAUGAAACCGAAGAACUGGUUGUACUCAGUAAGGAUGAGACUGACUGGGAGAACCCAAAUUUUCGUUAUUAUCUGUAA